AUGACGUCCAACGUUCCUCCAAUUAUCGUGCGCUCUGAUACCAUCAGGACUUCAUUUCUUCUGUCUAACAUUCAUUGUCCUACUUGCGUUACUACCAUCCAAGAUGUUCUACGAGAAUCGCACGCCCACCACAUCAGAUGGGUUUCACCGAACGUGGUAACAUCAGUGGUUACCGUGGAGCACAGCCCACUCGUAACUGUGAUAGAGAUGGAGUCUACCCUAGAGGAAGCCGGCUUUGACCUAUGUGCGGUAACAACCUCCGCUGACGGUAGUGGUGCGGACCCGCUAGCGUACUCUGCCGAGGGUGCUUCAGGUGAAGGAAGUGGACAAAAAAUAUCUCGACCUGUGUCUGCUCUAGCCCAAUGGAUGGCUUCGUCCAAGGCUGCCAACAAAACUCCUAUGGUGCAAGGUCAAAGAGCGAAGGUGCAUCUUCAGAAUUGCGAAAAGUGUCGCACAGCCAAUCCGCAGAGCAGCGAUGACAAGCCCUUUCUACUAUUUACCCCCCCUCAGCCAUCAACUUCAACGGCACUAGACAAGACGGCCAUGCCUCAACAGUCGACCAGGGUGCCCGGCAGCUCGUUCAUCACGGUGGAAAGCAUCGAGGUGCCAUCUCAGGCGAGACGAAGAGCUAUUGUUGCUAUAGGCGGUAUGACCUGCGCCGUCUGCGUCAAUACCAUCACGGAUGAGCUCUCAAAACGAGACUGGAUAUCCAAAGCCGUGGUCAGCUUAGUAACGAACAGUGCAACUGUCGAAUUCGAUGAUGACGGCAAAGUCGGCGAAUUAAUCGAAGCUAUCGAAGAUCUUGGCUACGAGGCUACCUUGGAUACAUUGCUUCACCUUGAUAAGGAGAAGCCUAUCACCCAGGAGAGAGUCGUCGAAAUUCUUCUCGAUGGGAUAUACUGUGAACACUGUCCAGAUCGUGUUGCAAGAAGCCUGGCGGGAUUCCGACGUCAGCUCGAGAUCGUGGGCGAACCGACCGAGAAACGGCCGAUCAUGAAAGUAAGUUAUGCUCCAGAGGCUCCGAGCUUCACUGUCCGACAGAUACUCGCUGCCAUCGAGGCUGGCGAUCCCGCACUCUCCGCCUCCAUAUACCAUCCUCCAACAAUUGAAGAGCGCUCUAAACAGAUCCUGCGCCACCAUCAAUUGCAACUCCUUCACCGCAUCAUCUUAACGGGCAUAAUUUGCAUUCCGACGUUCAUCAUCGGCGUUGUUUUCUUGAGCCUCGUAUCCGACAGCAAUGCGGCGAAACGAUACCUCACUGCUCCAUGGACCUCAGGCAUAAGCCGUGCCCAAAUCUCAUUGUUUGUGAUGGCGACUCCGGUGUACGUUUUUGCUGCGGAUCUAUUCCACACCCGCGCCCUCAAGGAGAUAAGGGCCUUAUGGCGACGUGGGAGUCGGACACCAGUUCUUCACCGAUUCUACCGGUUCGGAAGCAUGAACACACUCAUAUCCUUGGGGACCACGAUUGCCUACGUCUCUUCUGUGGCUCAGUUGAUCGCGGCAGGUGUCAACCAUUCACACAACACCGAUAACUCGGAUUUCUAUUUCGACUCCGUGGUAUUCUUGACUUUCUUCUUACUUAUCGGAAGACUGAUUGAGUCCGUGAGCAAGUCGCGUGCUGGAGACGCCGUAGAGAUGCUAGGAAGGCUUCGUCCCAGGUCGGCAAUACUGGUUGAGCACAGUGGUACCGAGAAAGAACAGAAUUCGGUCGUCCCGAUCGACUUACUUGAUUUCGGCGACGUCCUUCGUGUGCCCCAUGGUGUGUCUCCCCCGGCGGAUGGGAUCAUCGUCCAAGGUGAGACCAUUUUCGAAGAGUCAAGUCUUACGGGAGAAUCGCGGCCAGUGAAGAAGAAAAUUGGCGACCAAGUAUUCUCAGGGACCGUCAACAAGGGCGCUCCGGUCUUGAUCAAAGUCACUGGCGUCGCAGGCACCUCAAUGCUGGACCAGAUAAUCAACGUCAUUCGAGAAGGUCAAACAAUGCGUGCGCCAAUGGAGCAGAUUGCCGAUGUCAUGACGAGCUACUUUGUGCCCGUCAUCACCCUCAUCGCCGUUCUUACUUGGCUUAUCUGGAUGUCUCUCGGUCUCAGCGGCAGUCUCCCUCUCGAAUGGUUAGACGUGAGCUCGGGAGGCUGGGUUGCAUGGUCCCUUCAAUUUGCCACUGCUGUCUUCAUCGUCGCCUGCCCCUGUGGUCUAGCCCUUGCCGCUCCGACCGCCAUUUUUGUGGGUGGAGGUCUUGCCGCCAAACAUGGUAUCCUGGCAAAAGGAGGUGGCGAGGCAUUCGAGAAGGCUGGCAAGAUUGACUGCGUUGUUUUCGACAAGACCGGGACCCUCACCCAAGGAGGAGAGCCCACCAUCAUCGACUUCAUGCUCUAUCCCGAGAGCGACGAUAUCGAUGAGGCCCGUAAAGCCACCUUGCUGGCCGCUCUGAAGGCAGUCGAAGAGGUCAGUAGCCACCCAAUCGCGAAGGCUAUCGUCACCUUCUGCACAUCUCCGACUUCUGAGAUUGUGAACGUUGAUAACCUCGAGGAGAUACCCGGAAAAGGAAUGAAAGCGACUUACAAAGAGAAUGCCUUGGACUGCUCCUUUGAGCUCGUCAUCGGCAACGAAGCGCUAAUGGACGAGUUCUCCGUGCACAUAUCUCCCACCAUGACCACUCUUUUACAGAGAUGGAAAACCGAAGCGAAAUCCAUUGCUCUCGCCGGAACGCGGCCUAUUUCUACCUCCCCCUCCGCCGCUGUACCCGCAUACAACCUUGUGGCCGCAUUCUCGAUCUCUGACCCCAUCCGGCCCGAAGCUUCUUCCAUCAUCCAAGCACUACAUACUCGUGGCACUGAUGUUUGGCUUCUGUCCGGCGACAAUCCCACCACGGCAGCUGCUGUCGCAUCUCAACUGGGGAUCAAAGCCGACAACGUCAUUGCUGGCGUCCUCCCGACGCAGAAGGCGGAAAAAAUCAAGUACCUACAGUCAAUAUUAAAGGCACGUACCGGCUCUAAUACCGAAUCGACCGCCCGCCGCGCCGCAGUGGCCAUGGUGGGCGACGGUAUCAAUGAUGCUCCCGCACUCACAACCGCCGACGUCGGCAUUGCCAUUGGUUCGGGCUCAGACAUCGCCAUCAACAGUGCAGACUUUGUCCUCCUCAACUCGGACCUUCACAAUGUUAUUACCUUACUCGACCUUUCACAGACCGUAUUCCGUCGAAUCAAGUUCAACUUCGGAUGGGCUCUUGUUUACAACUGCAUCGCCGUCCCUGUGGCGGCUGGAUGUUUCUACCCCAUUGUAAGUGGUGGCCGCCAUGUGCAUCUUGAUCCUGUGUGGGCAAGUCUAGCCAUGGCAUUGAGCAGUAUUUCUGUUGUGACAAGCUCCCUGUCGCUGAGAAGUCGAAUUCCUUGGAUUGGCUUUCGGGCUGGCUCUCCUGCAGGUAAAAAUGCGAGUUCUUUGAUGCCAUGA